CUUGGAACCCGAGGCCCUGCUUUUCCUUCUUUUUUUUCUCCGCCCAGAGUCAUUCCUCCUCUCAAGCAGACUCCAAGACAGGACUCUCUUUUCCCCGUCUUUACUGCCCUUGGCUGCUUUUUCAGCGUUCAGCACUACGUAAUAGUAGAGAGGCUCAAUCGGUACAUUGAGGAUCCGUGAUUGUUCGCGAGCUAUUCUCCUCCUUUCAAUUGCAUACCGCGCGAUGCGCCAUAUCUGACUAUUCUAAAUCGUUUUUCCGAGACAUUCUUCGUCAUACAUAUAACAAUCCAGAAUGAGCGUAAUUUUCAGAAGGAUCCAAGCGAUCCAAGACUCGCUUUCCGAUGAUAUCUUGAUGCCCCUGAAGAGCUACAAGUAUCAGAGCGUCGAUAAGUCCUUUAUCUCGAACUAUAUACUUAGGCACUACUGGAAUGCAUUUGUUGAGAUUUUACCACUCUCGUUGGCCCCGAAUAUGGUCACCCUACUGGGUUUUCUUUUCAUCGUUGGGAACGUGAUGCUUAUAGAGAUCUAUAUGCCGGAUCUUGUGGGCCCAGGUCCUUCUUGGUUAUAUUACAGCUUCGCUUUUGGCAUGUGGAUGUACUCCACUCUGGAUAACGUCGAUGGGAAACAAGCGCGCAGAACCGGCACCUCUAGUGGUUUGGGCGAGCUUUUUGACCAUGGCAUCGAUUCGCUGAACUGCACCCUGGCUAGUUUGCUUGAGACGGCGGCGAUGGGCUACGGUUCGUCGAAACUAGGUGCAUACACAGCUCUGGUUCCGUGCCUCGCUAUGUAUUUCUCGACCUGGGAAACGUACCAUACGCACACCCUUUACCUCGGUUACUUUAACGGUCCUACCGAGGGUCUGCUUAUCGCGAUUGCGAUCAUGAUCGCGUCAGGUGUCUACGGGCCUCAGAUCUGGUCCCGGCCGAUCGUUGAGUUCUUGAACUACCCGCAAAUCUUCGGGAACAACUCUAUGAAGGACCUGUGGAUUCCCGUACUUCUUGGGUCUUUUCUCCUUGGCCACCUUCCUGGCUGUGUCCUCAACGUUAUGGCUGCGCGCCGGAAACAAGGCCUGCCCAUUACCCCCAUCUUCAAGGAAUGGGUGCCCAUGAUCGUUUUCACUGGUUGCAACCUUGCCUGGCUUUUCUCUCCGUAUUCGACUCUGCUAGCUCAGAACCGACUGGUUCUGUAUUGCUGGACCAUCUCGUUCGUCUUUGGACGCAUGACGACUAAGAUUAUUCUUGCUCAUUUGUUGAGACAGCCAUUCCCGUAUUGGACGGUGCUGCAGACACCACUCAUCGGAGGUGCUAUCCUGGCCAAUCUACCACGUCUGGGCCUUCCGAUGGUGAGCGCAUCUUUCGAGCUACUCUACUUACGUCUUUACCUUAUGGUGGCGUUCGUCGCGUACAUGCACUGGGCAUUCCUGGUCAUCAACAGAAUCACGACUUUCUUGGGUAUCAACUGCUUGACCAUCCGGCGUGACAAGUCCGUCGCGAGAGAACAGGCGUAUCGCGAAUUUGGAGAGGGCACACUUGCUCCUCUCAACCCUAGCGCCGACCCCAGCAAAGGCGGUUACAAGAGCCAUUGAUCGAAGCUAAGCGGUGAACUAACGGUGCUCAAAUACACAAGGCGGAACCCUCGGUCGAGCUUGUUCGUGAUAUGCACAAUCAAACGGCUGCUUGACCCGACCGACCGGGGAUGUAUAAAAAGUCCUGGCUCAAUGAUUUUCAUGUCUUCUUCCAUAAUGUCUCUGGCCUACCGAUUGAUGAACUUAUGACUGGAAUAAAUGGGACACGAGGACAAGCAAGGGCUGGUGAUUGAAAGGUGUCAGUAUAUAUAGAUCAUAGACAGUGUAAUAUUAAUGAUUUGC